UAAAUGCAGUGCAAAAACAGAAACAGCAACAUCAGAAGAAACAGGAAUAACAAGCGAAAUGGCAAAAAGUGCAGUUAAGCGUGGAAAUUGCAUUAAAAAUUGAGCAAAAAAAAAUUGCGAAAACAAAAGGCGGCGAAAAGACUAAAAACGAAACAAACAAAGACGCAAAACGAAACGCUGAAGUUAACGAGCGCUAAAAAGCAGAAAAGAAAAAAGAAAACAAUACAUAAAAAAACAACAAAAAUCGAGCAAAAGCCACCAAAAAGACAGACACACCAACACACAGAAAGACAAAAAGAGUAAAGUUUUGAUUGAAAUUUUCACUGUGCUUUCAUCCAUUCGGGAUUGUGUAAAUUUCUGAUUAAGCAACAAGACACCAUCAACAAAAACGUGCGGCGCGAAACGUAAAAUAAUAUUCCCCGAAAGGAUUCCAAUUAACUCAAUUUGAUCCAGCGCAACUUUGGCAUCAAAUCAAAUAUCAAAUAUCGCAGAACUUCUCUAAUCGAGCAACAAAUCACUUUGCAGUUCGAGUUACCUUUCAUUUGUCAUGACAGUUCGGGCCUACAUUCUGCUAUAUUUUUUAUUGUUUAUGCACAACAAGAUCGCCGCUUGCGGUGCCCCCAGCCAUAAACACACCUAACUGAUAGCUCUUACACAAAAUUGAGCCGUGAACACUGAAAUUCAAGUGCGAGUGAGUCGUGCAGUAAAAGUCAAAGUCAGCAGUAAGCAGUCAGCAGUCAGCCCCACCUAACGUCCACACAAAACACCCCGAGAACUCGGGUCGUUGACAAAGUAACGCAUUUAGUGAUAAGGACGAAACGACUUGCUGGCAAAAUGAGCAGCCAAAACAGGAGCAAAAGGAGCUGGAGCAGCAGGAGCAGGAGGAGCAUCAGCACCAGUACCAGCAGCAGCAGCAGCGGGAGCAGCACGAAGAUGGCCCAACUAUUGCUCCUUAUCGGCAUCGCAGUCGCAUCUUGUUUGCCGGGAAUCGAGGGAUUUCAGCGAUUCUCGGAGCAGCCCAAGUACACGGAGGUGAAUCCCGCCGAGGACACGCUGCUCACAUGCAAAGUUAUCGACAAGCGGGGCACGUGCUCCUGGCAAAAGGAUAACAAGCCCGUUGGCAUCUAUACAAAGAAAUACGAAUGGGCCUCACGUAUGCCGACGAGCGACAAUGGAAAUGUCCUGCAUCUGGAUCUCCAUCCGCCGCCGGUGCAGCUCGGUGGCGACUGCUCCCUCUGGAUCCGCUCCGCCACACUGGACUUUGACGACGGACUAUGGGAGUGCCAAGUGACGGCCAGUGACUUCACCACCCAGGAUGCCCUCACCAGCCAGCCGGUGCGCCUUGUCGUACGUGUGGCGCCACAGCGGCCGAGGCUCGAAUACGAGGCGGUCCACGUGCCGCCGGGACACAACAUCACCGCAGACGCCGGCGCCCUGGCGACGGUCAAGUGCAUCUCGCAUUACGGCAAUCCGCCGGCCACCCUCAAAUGGUUUUUGGGCGACCAGGAGAUCUCCCCCAUCCACCCGCAAAUGAAUGCCACCGAGCCGGAUAAUCCACGCACCUGGUCGGCCACCUCGGUGGUGCAGGUGUCGGCGAUGCGGGAGCGCCACGGAGAUAUACUGCGGUGUGCCGCCUACCACGAGUCCUACACGGCCAAAUCGGUGGUGGUGGAGGCCAGGCUGGACGUGAAAUACGCGCCGAGCAUCCGUCUAAUUGGCUCACCGGAAAUCGACUUGGAGGAGGACAAGGAUGCCCUGGUCCUGCGCUGCGUGGCCGAUGCCAAUCCGCCGGCCAGCAUCGUCUGGCGGCGGGCAGGUCGCUCCGAGAUAGCCAGCUUGCAGGAAACUCUGCAAUUGCGUCCCGUCGGGCGUCGCGAUGCCGGAUUGUACACCUGCCAGGCACAGAACUCGGUGGGCACCUCUGAGCAGCUGUCGGUGCAGUUGGAUGUGAAAUAUCCUCCCAAAAUUAUUUCAGCUGGUCCGGAUCGCCUUACCACCGCCCCGCUUUUUAGUCCUGCAGCCUUUGAGUGCCUGGCUGAUGGUAAUCCCCUGCCAUCCUUCAAAUGGGUACAGAGAAUGGCCCAUGGUUCCAAGUACGUGGAGCGAGGCUCCGAGUCCAGAUUGGUCAUCGACAACGUCACCUACGAAUACCAGGGCGAGUACGAGUGCCGGGCCACCAGCUACAUCAAUGGCCAGGAGCGGGUGGCCAUAUCCGAUCCGGUGUCGUUGCAAGUUGUGGGUGCCCCGCAGGUCCUGCGCCUGCAUCCUUCCCUGCACACCGUCUCCGUGAAGCGAGGAGAGGCGGCCAGCCUGACAAUGGUCGUCUGUGCGGAUCCGCGGCCACAGCGCGUCGCCUGGGAAUGGGGAUCACUGCGUCUGGAGGCCGGCUCGGGCAUCGAUCGCUUCCGGGCCGAUGACAUGCAGCCGGACACUCGGGAGGACUGCUACCUGUCCACCCUGCACAUCCUGCACGCGGACGAGCACGACUCCAGGCCCUACUACUUGGUGGUGGAGAACGAGCGGGGCACCGAUCGUCAUGCCAUACACCUGAUUGUGGAGGGUACGUUUGCAGAACCCUACGAGAUGAGCUAUCUAAUGGGCGUGGCCGGGGGCUGCAUGGCCGCCAUCCUUUUGCUGGUUUGCCUCUGUAUCUAUGCGAUCAAGAGCAAGAGAUGCUGCUUCAAGGGUUCCACGGGCUAUAAAUCAUCGGAUAAAGACAGCGAGAAAGCUGAUUUGAAAUCACGCUCGGAUAGCACGAGUGGCCCUCAAGGUGAUUCGAUUUACACCACGCCAGCGGGCUUCCAUCAUCACCAGCAGCAGCAGCAACAACAGCAGCAGCAGCAACAGCAGCAGCACGCAGCAGCAGCAGCAGCCGCUGCCCUACAUGCCGCAUCCCAGCAUCCGCAGCAACAGUACCCGGGACACGGAUCACCGGAGGCAAUGAAGAGCGUUCCGGUACUUCGAACAUUUGGCGGUCAUCACAUCGCGUAGCGCGAGCGGGAACGGGAAGUGGGCGGGGCCAGCUCGCCCUCGACCACGAUAGCCACGCCCACCGGUACGCCGCCCCUGCUGCCGCCGCUGCCCAACACGUUCGUGGCCAUCAAGACGAAGUCGGACUGCAGCAGCAGCAACCACAGCAACAGCAACAACAGCAACAGCAACAACAGCCUGACCCUGCAUAGCGGCAACAACAGCUUCAAGUCGAGCGGUCACAGAAAGUCCCCACAACCGCCCCCGCUGCCCAUGAAAAACGGCGCCAAACAGCAGCAGCAGCAACAGGAGUCGCACUACCAACACUUGACCUACCAGCAGCAUCCCGGCAGCAAUGCACGCAACACCCUGGACCGCAAGCAGCCGAGCAACAGUGGCGGCGACUACUGCACCCAGAUCAAUCCGCACUAUCUGCAGACCUUCGACAGUUUGGACCACUACAGUGUGGCCACCAUGCAGCAGCAGCCGCUGCGCAGCCAGUCCAAGUCGCAGAUCUACAGCUAUGGCAGCAGCGGCACCGCCAGCGACAACAGCAACCACAACCAGCAGCAUCUGCCGCACCAGCAGCACCAGCACUACCACAGCAGCAGCAACAUAGCCCACAUCGAGCACCACUACCAUCCGCAGCACGGCAGCGAUCGCUACAGCCACCCGCACGUGCAGCAGCCACAUCAGCAACAUCAGCAGCAGCAACAGCAGCAGCAUCAGCUGCAGCAGCAGCAACACCACAGCCUGAAGCACACCAAGCACGGCAAGGGGCACAAGAACGGCAAGCACGGCUCGAAGGGCAGCAGCAGCAAGUCGCAGGACGACUUCAAGGUCCUGCACAAGCAGCAGAUGCAGCAGCAGCAACAGCAGCUGCAGCCGCCAAAGUGCAGCGGCAACAGCAAGUCAGCCAAGCGCAACGGUUGCGGCAACCAGGUGUUGCCGCUGCCACCGCAGCAGCAGCAGCACUACUCCAGCUCCAGUGAUAGCCUACCAUUCGAUAAUAACUACUAUUAGACACCAGCACACUCAGGCACACACACACUAACAAACACUGAGGGUUGAGGGUGUUCCAAAAGCAGCAGUCAGAUCCUUUAAAUCACUCAUAUUUUAGCGUUGCUGCUUUAAAAGAUCAGAAAAAAAAACAUUUACUUGAGAUGUAUACAGGUUAUUCUCGAUGUUUAUUCCUGAAAAUAAGUAUAUUUCCAUUUUUAAGUUAAUGAUUUAAUUACUAAGCACAAAAUAUUGCACAACGAGUGAUAUAUUCAGUUAUUCCAAUUAAUUGGCAUAAGGGCAUAGGUCAAUGAGAAUAACAGCCAAUAUUAUGCAUUAACAUUCCUAUGCGUGCACUUAAUGGCCAGGUUUUUGAUUACAUUGAUUUAAUUGCAUUUUUAAUUUUAAAUUAAUAGACCUGAAACAAGAUAUAGAUAUUCAGUUCACCUAUCUAGUAAUCAUGAAUCUGAAUAGUACCAGCAACAUGCAACAAUUGUGGAAUUCGGGAGCAUUUUUGGGACACCCACUAAAUACCUGCAUUUGUUGAACGCACACACCCACAGACUCACUCAUACAUAUACAUGUGUGUUUGCCAAAUGGUUGAAAGUAUUCACUUGAUUGAGCGAAUUCGCAAGACAGAAUUUUGAUCUACAAGAUGCAUUGCCGAUUGCAAUGCAAACUAGAAUUUGCGGCUGCCGGAAGUGGAUUCCCGGCAUUUUUACAGCUGCCGCAUAUACACAAAAGGCUUGGGAGGACGAGGAGUUAAGUGUUUUGAGUGCCAACUGUUGAGGCAGCUUGUUGUUUUCGAAUAAUAGUCUCUAUAAACUAAUUUAGUUCGUAGCGGAUGUCUGAAGGCAAUUGAAAGACCAUUGAGAUGGCAUAUGCAGCUUAUUGUUAAAUGUGUAUAUAGAAUGUAUAAGCGUAUGAAACUAGUUACUUCUAUUGUAGACCUAAGCCAGGCCCACCACUUCCUGACCCCUGACCCCUAGCCAAAAAUGAAAAAAAAAAGAAAAAACCGAUAAACCCGAAAAAAGCUCACCAGCCACCAACUUAGCACCCAAAUGCAGACCGUGUUUUGCCCCCAACUCGGCUAAUUAGAUUUUGUUUAUUUGUUUCAUUAACGAAUUGCUUGAAAUAUCUGCCAACAACUCAACUCAAACCACACAACAACAUCAUCAUCAACAACAACAACAACAACAUCGACACACCACAAAACCACACUGCUUCCAACACCUCCAGUCGAGUUCCCAGGCCAGAAGCAGCGGUCACGACGAACUGGGCAACCUGCUUUGGCAGCAGGAUUCCUGUGAGUUCCUCGAGCACUAUCCCUCCGAUUCCAGCUGCCCAGUGCCGCCCCUGCGUCACUGCCACGCCC